AACACUAGUGGACUUAUAUACAUCCCGCUCUUCACACGAUCUCAUUGGAUCGCGGGGGUAUUUUCAUUAUCCUCCCAAGCCGCAUCAUUGAACAAUAUAAACGAAAAACAACAACAACAACAACGUAAAACGUACGUGCUACGUGUUUACGACUCGGCACCGCCACCGCCAGUGGAGCGGGAUGUGCGACGUUCUUUCAGACCGUACGAUGGCAUCAUCACGGUCGACUUUGCCCCAAUUGUACGGCAAGUGCGGUCUAGCGAAGACUGCGGCGUUUUUAUGUCCAUGCAUUUUUUUGCGUUUGCGGCCCAAGUGAAUGUCCACAUCACGCCCUGUCUGACCAAAAUGGUCCGCCGUUUGUUCGGCACAGUUUUGCGCCACUGCGAGGAGCCGCCGGCACGCGCGGUCUUCCUUUCGAGACUAAAGAACCUUCUGGAACUACGAACUGACAUGGAACGCCAAAACUUGUUAAACGCUACGAUAGCGGAAUGGCGACAACGGCAGCAUCAGCAGCACCCAACAAUGGACAAAACAGGAAGGCGCCGCUACCUCACCUGCGCGUGGUGUCGAACGCCGAGGGCGUCCCACAGCGCUACCCAGUUCUGGUGUGGAUGGCGCGAGGCAAAGCGUCCCACUUUCGGACCCCGUACGAGGUGGCGACCACGCUGGCCGAGGACGAAGCGCUCAUCCUGCUCAAGCACCUGA